AUGCUGAAAAUCGAACCCCAGAACCUUCGCACCCCCGGCCCCACUCCCAUUCCCGACGACAUCGUCGAGGCCAUGGGCACUCCGAUGAUCAACCAUCGGGGUCCCGAGUUCGACGAACUGAUCAAGAAGUGCACCGCCCAGUUGAAACAGGUCUUCAUGACUGACAACGACCUGUUUAUCCUGACGGCCUCCGGCACUGGAGCGUUGGAAGCCGCUCUGGUAAAUACCCUUUCCCCCGGCGACAAGGUCGUGGCGGCCACGGCAGGGUCCUUCGGCGACCGCUUCAUCGAUAUGGCGGAAGCCUUCGGCGCCGACCUCACCCGCCUUGAUUUCGAAUGGGGAGAGCCAAUCGAUCCCGACGCCAUCCGCCAAUCCCUCCGGGAUGACCCGGAGAUCAAGGCGGUGAUGGUCACACACAACGAGACUUCCACCGGCGUGACCCAUCCGCUGGAGGAGAUCGCCCGCAUCGCCAAGCAGGAAUUCAACAAGCUUCUCUUGGUCGACGCGGUCAGCAGCCUCGGCUGCCUCCCCCUCCCCGUCGAUGCCUGGGACUGCGACCUUGUGGGCACCGCCUCGCAGAAGGGCUUCAUGAUUCCCCCCGGACUGGCCUUCAUCAGCGUCAGCGACCGCGCUUGGGAGGCCCAGAAGACAGCCUCCAUGCCCCGGUUCUACUUCGACCUGGAGGAGGCGAAAAGGACGCUGGAGCGGGGCCAGACCCCCUUCACGCCCAACGUGCCGCCAUGUACGGGCUGA